CUUCAAUCGGAUCAGACUUCCUCUAGAGCAUACACCUCAAUCGUCGAGCAGCAGAAUCAAUCUCUAUACUGGUGGCAACCGACACAACCAGCCGAGGUCCCCUGAAUCUCAUCACACUGCCCCACAUCCCGGUAGAAAUCAUAAACCUAUUUACAGUACAUCCGCCCUCCGCAUUCUCGCCAUCAACCUAGCCUAGUGCCUACUCCGAACCCAAUUGCAGACUAUCUCCUUACUUGAUCACCCCGAAGAGCCUGGCCUAUACCCGCCUAUCUGCUAGAAUCAAAUCCUCAACAAGCGGACCACGCAAAUAACCCCCUUCCCCCUAAACCAACCCCACCAACAAUGCCACCACCCACAACCACCACAACGACCGCAACCAAAAAGCGCCGCACACGCAGCGACUACCUCUUCCACCAAACCCACCAAACAAGAUGGCACGACAACGACAUGUACGCCCACCUCAACAACACCGUCUACACCAAGCUCUUCGACUCCAUCAUCAACACCUACCUAAUCACGCACUGCGGCAUGAACCCCUUCAGCGCCAACAACCCCACGGAAAAAGACCGCACUUUGAACCUCCAGCCGGGGUCCCAAUCCACCCCCCAACCCGGGUCCCAAACCACCGGGUCCCAAACCAACGAAUCCCAAACCACCUCUCAAACCUCACCGGCAACCUCACCGACAACCCCCCAAAUCGGCCUCAUCAUCGCCUCGCACUGCGACUACUUCGCCAGCGUCAGCUUCCCGGACACGCUCGAGCUGGGCCUGCGCGUCAACCAGCUCGGGCGCUCGAGCGUGACCUACGAGGUGGGCGUGUUCCGGCGCGGCGAGGCCGCCGUGAAGGUGGUGGGCGGGUAUACGCAUGUCUUCGUGGCGCGGGAGACGAUGCGGCCGACGGCCGGCGAAAUGGAUCCGGCGGUGCGGCGCGGGUUGGAGCGGUUGCUUGUCGCAGGUAGUAGUAGUAGUAGUAGUCAGGAAGAUGGCGGUCAGGGGCCGCGGCUGGCGGGUGAGAAGGCGCGGUUGUAGGUUCCUUUAGACAGAUGUGCUUGACUUUAUCUACCUCCUGAUUUAGC